CUCUGCUCCAAUAAGAAAAGUUCCAUCCGGACAGGACGGCUCUGCGUCUGUGCGCGCAGGAGGAUGCGUAUCGGGUGCAGGUGUGCCAGGCCUCAAGAAGCAGUCAUAUUUCAGACACGAUAUUGAGAAAAAAAAGUGAGGAUGGCGCCCGCUACCUUGUCGCUGCUGGCCCUCGUCUCCUUGGUCCCCGUCACAUUGGCAAUUCUGUUUGGGGAGCCCAGGAUAUUUGGCGAGGAAGCUACUGGCUACGGGCCCAUUUUCGAGGAGGAACCAGUGGAUGUGGUCUACACCGAGGACUCCCCCGAUGGUAGGAUCUCGAUGAACUGCAGGGCCCGAGCCAAUCCUCCAGCCUCUUACAGGUGGCGCCGCGAUAACUGGGAGAUCAAGCUGAUGGAGCAGCCGGAUGAGCACUACGGCCUGGUGGGGGGCAACCUGGUCAUCAGCAACCCCAGGCAGAAGAAGCACGCCGGCACGUACAUCUGCGUGGCCCACAACAUCUACGGCACCGUCAUCAGCAAGGAGGCCCGCGUCAAGUUUGGAUUUCUCGAGGAGUUUCCUCAAGAGGAGAGAGACCCGGUCACCGUCAGAGAAGGCCAGGGUGCGGUUCUGCUGUGCGCCCCUCCCAAAGCGUGGCCAGAGGAGGUGUCUUACCGCUGGAUCUUCAAUGAGUUCCCCGUGUUCCUCAACAUGGACCGCCGCCGUUUUGUCUCGCAGAGGACCGGCAACCUGUACAUCUCCAAGGUGGAGGCUCAGGACGCCGGGAACUACUCCUGCUUCGUCUCCAGCCCCGUCCUGGGGAAAAGCGUCUUUUCCAAGUUCAUUCCUCUGAUCCCGUUGCCGCCAGACGAUGGCGAAGAAAGAAAAUACCCCGCAGACAUCAGGGUGAAGUUCCCAGACACAACAGCCCUGCUCGCCUCCAACAUCACGCUGGAAUGCUUUGCUCUGGGGAAUCCCAUCCCUCACAUUGUAUGGAGGAAAGUGGACGCCACAGACUUGCCGGCCAACCACGAGAUCAGCGAAUCGGGCGCGGCGCUGCACCUCUACAACGUGCAGUACGAGGACGUGGGCGCGUACGAGUGUGAGGCCAUCAACACCAAAGGGAAGGACUGGCACAAGGCCUGGCUCUACGUGGAGUCUGCUCCCGAGUGGGCCGAGACCAUCAACAACACCCAGAUGGACAUCGGCUCUGAGCACACCAUGCGCUGCGUUGCGUCGGGGAAGCCUUUCCCGUUCAUCCGCUGGUACAAAGACGGUUACAUGUCCGGAAAAGGUGAGCUGAAGUUCUCCAGCUUGACGUUCGCCGACUCCGGGAUGUACCAGUGCAUUGCAGAGAACUACUGGGGCAUCAAAUACGCCAACGCCGAGCUGCGGGUGAUCGCGUGCGCUCCGACCUUUGAGUUCAACCCUCUGAAGAAGCAGCUCCUCGGCGCCCGAGACGGCCGCGUGUUGAUCGAGUGCAAACCCCGAGCGGCCCCCAGGCCUCGCUUCACCUGGAGCAAGGGCAAGGAGCUGCUCUUCAACAGUUCACGCAUCUCCGUCAUGUUUGACGGCACCCUGGAGAUCCUCAACGCCACCAAAAACGACGAAGGUUUCUACACGUGCUUUGCUGAGAAUGACAGAGGGAAGGCCAACAGCUCCGGUUAUCUCACCAUCACGGAGGCGACCAGCAUCACGGUGGCUCCCGAAGACACGGAGGUGACGGUAGGCGGCGAGGUGGUCCUGGCCUGCUCGGCUUCCUACGACCCCACGCUGGAUAUCGCCUUCAUCUGGGCCGUCGACUUCCGGGUCAUCGACUUUGACGCCGAGUGGCAACACUACGAACGCAUCAUGAGCCAAGAAGGCAGCGGGAACCUGCGCAUCAAGAACGCGCAGAUCUGGCACGAGGGCCGCUACACGUGCACGGCUCGGACCGUGGUGGACGGCGACGCGGCGUACGCGGACCUGAAAGUCGUCGGGGUGCCGGGGCCUCCUGGUGUCAUCCGCGUGGAGGACAUCGGCGACACGUGGGUGAAGCUGCUGUGGACGAAAGGAGCUGAGCACAACAGUCCCAUUCUGUCCUACACCGUUCAGACCAGGCACUACUGGUCUCUGCACGAGGACGACUGGAGGAACGCCAGCACCUCGCCGAGCUUCCUUGACGGCACGGCGGAGCGGGCCGAGGUCACCGACCUCUACCCCUGGAUGGAGUAUCAGUUCCGGAUCAUCGCCACAAACGAGUACGGCUCGGGAGAGGCCAGCAUUCCCUCGCUCAAGAUCAAAACUUGGGACGCGCCGCCGGUGGUCUCUCCCGCCGAUGUGGAAGGCUACGGCGGUCGGAAUGGCGAGAUCAUCAUCACGUGGACGCCCGUGCAGCCGUGGUAUUUCUACGGCAAGAAGUUUGGCUACAUCGUGGCCUUCAAGCCCCACGACGGUUACGACUGGUGGUACGAGACCAUCUCCGACCCGGAAACCAGGCGCUACGUUCACAAGGACUCCUUCUUCCUGCCUGGCGACGAGGACUUCCAAGUACGGGAGUUCCAGGUGAAGAUCAAGACCUUCAACGUGAAGGGAGACGGGCCCUACAGCCUCACCAAAGUCAUCUACUACCCUCGAGACGUCCCCACAGAGCAUCCGACCGAUGUCUACGCUCGGCCGGUGUCCUCCACGGAGGCGCUGGUGUGGUGGCUCCCGGUGGUGGACACGGGAACGGGCCUGCAGCAGUACAUUGAAGGCUAUCAGGUGAAAUACUGGCGAAAAUACAUUGAAACGGAGCCGGGAGCCAAUCGCAUCUUUGUUAACGCGACGGUGAGCCAAGCCAGGCUGGAGAACAUGCUGCCCGACUCGCAUUACCUCAUCGAAGUCCGGGCGUUUAACGGAGCGGGCCUCGGCCCGCCUGGCGAACACUGUGAGAUGUUCACCAAAAGACCACCGCCAGCGGAGCCCCCCAGGAUGUGGCGCUUCAUCUCGUGGACUGGAAAGUGGCUGUACGUGUGGUGGGAUCACAUCACGUACGACUGGUUUGGGAACGUCUCCUUCCCGCUCUAUUACAAGGUCAUGUUCCGAAAGACGGGCUACAUCUAUGGGAAGGUCUACGUCACAGGCUGGCACUUCAUGGACUUCCCCAUGCCGCAGUUUGGCGACUACGAGCUGAUGGUCCGCGGGCGCUACGAGGGAGGCGACGGUCCCGUCAGGACCAUCAAACUCCUGGGUAAGGCCUCCAUGACCACGCCCACACUCAGCCUCACCUCUGCACUCUUGCUGGCGCUGUGCAUUGCGGCGUUGUAACGUCGAGUCAAGCGGUUUCUGUCGUGUAAACUCACUAGUAGUCAUUGUUUAUGAGAAGCACUGUAAGAAGUUAUCAUAUUGUGUGUACAAGAGCUGUCAAACAGUGCUUGUUAGAUGAGCCAGAGGACAACCCGUCUAUUAUUUAUUAAAAUACUACUCCACCAA